GAUUCUACUUAAAUGAUGUUUGGACAUCAUUUGUGUGUGUCACUCGUCAAUUUAAUACAGUGGACAAAACGAAAUGUCUGAAGGACAAGCACAUCUACAUAAUGGGAGACUCCACUACCAGACAGUGGUUUGACUUCAUCGUCGGAUCCGUGCCUACUCUAAGUCGCUUGUACCUACACAACAAUGGCAAAAAUGGGCCCCAUAUGGCUGUGGACAUGGAGAACAACAUCGACGUGCACUUUCGCGCACAUAACAGCCCUUACGUCAUCGAGGACUGGCACAUCAUGGCAGAUAUGCACUUCCUAAGUAAUUCGAUAGAUGACCUAGCUGGUAAACCACACACUGUUCUCGUCCUCAACAUAUGUGCACACUAUACCAGCUUCCCUCUGUCCUACUAUGCCUACCGAGUGUCCCUGCUCAAGCGUGCAGUAGUGGCACUGUUGAGACGUGCACCAGAGACCAAGGUCAUCAUCAAGACAGCCAACACGGGGGCCAGGGAUUUCUUUCGCCAUAACUGGGCAUACAUGCAGUUUGAUCGAGUCCUGCGAGAAAUAUUCAAUGACCUGGGAGUCUACAUCCUGGAUGUGUGGCAGAUGACUGCCUGUCACUAUAACAAAGCGGACCUCCAUCCUGGCCCAGUGAUCAUCAAAAAUGAAGUUGACAUCCUUCUGUCUUUUAUCUGCCCCAUGUAAACAGGAAGUUUCUCCCCCAUCGACUGCUCUCUGUCAUUAUGGCUGUUCAGAUUAUCAGCCCAAAUCUGAUUUUUGUACCCAUUAUACUCGAUUGAUAUCUGAAUUCAGGGCUGAAAGAAAGAAAGAAAGAAAGAAAAAUCAAGUGGGACAUUGUCCGUUUCUGUGUGUUUGAGGCCUGCUUUCUCUGUCUUCACACAACAGCUUUUAAUGUGUUUCAAUCGAACAUAUAGUGCAUUUGACCCCUUGUUGCAAUUUGUUCUCUUCAGUCCGAAAGUAACAUCUCCUGAAAGAGGUGGCCUCGAUCUGUAUUAUCUGGCUAACUCUGGUGCAGUCCUGCUGGUGAAAAGCAACCUAAAACAAAUAGGUUUACAAUUUAGUUUAUUCAAUCUAGUUUAUUUUAUGACCUUAGAACCUAAGAUAAUGAUCAUCGUUCACAGAAUGAUAGUCAUGCAUUUAUUUCUGUUGUUUUUUUUUCUAUUAGAAACUCUGCAACUUAAAAUGAGAGCAUGCAAGGGAUCAUAGCUCUAGAUAAUUUGUGAAAGCUAUUAUGUGGGAAUAAACAACUUUUUUCGAAGUGGUGGAAUCUUCAGUGGUCAUUUACUGUAUGCAGGCUCAUGUGCCUGUAGCCUUAAUUAGACACAGGCAUAGUGCUAUGAUGCUAUAGUGUGUUUAUCCUACUGUGGUUAUGGACGGUGCCCAGUGCACACAAAAAUCACAGUUUGAGUAGGUUACAUUGCGUGGUACUGUUUUCUUCAGUUGGGUGUUUGACUCCGUUUUUCUUUUGCUUGUUAUAAGUUAUUUAUCUGUAUGUCUGCUCCAUUAUAGAAAUAUUUAUAUAUAUUUUCACUUUUGUAUACAUUUUCACUCAGGUGUUGGAUUCGGUUGUAAUAAAAAUCAUAUUUUUUUCAU